GCAUGUCGACAGUCUCUGAGAAUUCUCGAAACAGAGCGUUCUUCCGUCGAUGCCGUUGAACAAGCUAUUGUAUUCUUGGAACAUGACGAGUGUCUAAAUGCAGGCUACGGAUCUAACCUGACAUUGGAUGGCGCGGUGGAAUGUGACGCCUCAAUAAUGGACGGCAGCACAUCAGCCUUCGGGGCUAUUGGUGCCGCAUCAGGGAUCCGGAAUCCAAUUAAAGCCGCACGGGCUGUUCUUGAGCACUCGAGCAAGCCGGAUUCUCUUGGCCGGAUACCUCCUAUCCUGCUAGUGUCGAGCGGUGCAGUCAAUUUUGCUAAGGCACAUGGCUUGGAGCUAGUUCACCCCAAGGCCCUUAUUACUCCUCGCGCGAGUGCAGAGUGGGAUUACUGGCGGUCUCGCUUCAUUAGUGAGCCAGCUGAUCUGCACGCUAUGCAGGACACUGUAGGCGCGGUUGCGUGGGAUAUAUCUGGAAGGCUCUCUGCCGGUGUCUCUAGUGGUGGAUUGUUGCUCAAGCCUCCAGGCCGCAUUGGCGAGGUAGGUGCUACUUCUCCACUGACUUGCUGUAUAAAAGCGGACCGAACGCCGUAUAUUACGAAAUAG